UCUUUUUAUAUUCCAUCUACCACGAAGGCUUAAACACCCAUGGGGUACCGUGGGGCUACAGGGGAAAGGGGGAACGCCACACGGACUCUGGCGGGGGAACACGUGUGCAUGCAACAUGCACAUAUUCUCGCCCCGCCUACGAGAUCCGCCGGGUGGUACCUCCGCGUUUGACAGUCAGUGACCAUCUACUACCUACGGACAAUCACAACAUCCAUAGUCAAAAGACAAAGCGCACGGCGACUGAUCAGGAGACCGAAGAGUCUACUACUGCGGCCA